AUGGCCGCCAGCUGUGCCGCCUCCUUCUCUUACCCACCUGGACGGUCUAGCCUCAUUAUCACUGAUAUCUUUUCCUUUCAACUGCCUGUAGAGGGAGGCAAAAGCCAUCUAGCAGUGCAUUUCAGAGACCCAGAGUUAUGUUCAGGACCCCCAACAGAGGACCCCCAGGCUGCGGCUGCUGCCACUACCACCACCACCGAAGGUCUACCCAAGAGCAAACAACCUGAACUUGACAGCUUUCUACCCAAAGGGGAGCUGGUUAGCGAUCUGGUGCAGACUUUCAUGGCGAAACUAGAAGCGUUCAUCACGUCCAAAGUCGAAUCCCAGUUUUGCUUGGAUGUGCAGAACUUAAAAAUGAUAACUGGUGCAGAUUUCUCCUCCACCAUUCACCAAGACCUCAGGCGACUUCUGGCAAGCCAACACAGCAGCCUGCCCAGAUACUUGGGAGAUAUUUUCAAUGCGUACAAUAAUACCAUUUUAGCGGAAAAGGAAAAGACAGAGCAGGCCUUGCCCCUGUCUUACCCACACUUUAAAACAUAUGCACAGGAGGUGGCCAGAACGAUGCUGCAAAAUCUAAAGCACGGGUUAGACAAGGAAGUGGAGAAAAUUUUAAUUUCCCCGGUGAUAUUCGCCAAAAGCAUUGCUGCCAGCCAGAUCAUCAACAUGGUCUUAGCUGUGUUUGCUCCUCCGACAUCACAGCGUCCCUGUUCACGGCAGGAGAGUGUCCUGGAGAAGCUCUUCCGGAAGAACCCAGCCUACAAGAGAGAAAUUCAGAGGCAAAUUCACAACAUGGUGGAAGGCUUUUAAAAUGAAAUCUACCAGACCAUCCUGUUGGGUUCCUCUGCUCUCUCUGGCCCCGAGAAGUUCCACACACCUGGGGUGGGGGAAUCCCGCGUUUCCGAUGCAGCUGCCCACGCAACAAAGAAGGAUCUCUCCAAGACCGCUGUUCCACCGUCAGAUGUGUCUCUGGUUUCCGGUGACUUGGUGGACGUUGUGAUUGAGGACCUGGGUUCUAGUCUUGCUGCCGGUAUGAAGAUGAAGGGAGGGCUCUCGGCCCGACUCUAGUCUCUCCUCUACAACCUAUUUCAGAAGACAGUUCAGCCUUUUGUGCAUCCAACAGGUCGACAUCAUCACAUCCCUGGCCUGUCAAAAGCUGAAAAAGCCUUUGGCAGGAAAAUGGAAGAGCUUGGUGCUAAACAGUUUUCGGAUUUGAGGGAGUUUUCCUUGGAGGUUAUGGCAAAAUACUUAGUAGAUAACGUUUUCCACAGGCUGGAGUUGUUUGCAGAAGACAAAAUGGAGUCUGAAUUGACCCAGAGGGGCAAGCAAGCCCUGCUUGAUGGCGGAUACCCAGUUCCACCUCACAGUGGCAGCUUGUUUUCCUGGGAACCACCAAAUAUCCAUGGGGCCCUUGGACAGAGAAGUGCAGGGAUCAAGGCUGCCAGUUACAGAGAACAUACAAGAGUAGCCAUGCAAGAUUCCCAAUAUAAUAUGAGGCUGUGCGCUGAAAAACUGACAUGCACCAUUCUCAAACUGGUUCAGAAAGACCUGGAACGGGAGAUGCUCUCCUGCCAAAACAUCCUCCCAUACGAAGAAAACGCAUCAGUGAAUGAAAUCGUGAACAAUCUCCUCAAGUUUUUGACUGUCCAGAUAGCUUUAACGGAAAAUGAAAUCCAGAAAAGGGUCCUCAAAAGGAUUUUUAGGAAAAAAACACCAGGGCAAAAAGGAAGCUCCCCACUCUUGGCACGAGUGGAAGAUGUUCUCAAUCAGGUUACCCAAAAAAUGGUAGACGACCUGGGGCAACUCCCCUCUUUGAAUGAUUCCGUGUUUUUCAGUUCCGAAUCAAAGUCCUCAGCCAGUAAUGGUGCAAUGGAGACACUCUCUCACGCUCAAGCCAGUGAGGUGGCUGGCGAUAUUGUAGAUGAUGUGCUUACUAAGAUGUAUACAGUUGUGGUAGACACGCUUUUUAGCUCCAGUGAAUCCAAGUCAGAAAUUGACAGCUCAACCAGCCUAUUUUCACCGGACACGGGAAAAUCGGAUAUCCGGAAGCUGACCAUGGCAGUCUCUCAACUCCAGCCCCCACCACGGACCUUGGGUGAAGAAAUGGUCCAAAACGUUCUGAAUAAAAUCUCCAGUUUUGCUGCGUCCAAUUUGGAAGAGAUCCUUCCCUCGACAAUGCAAAAACGGAAGCCCCCCAUGGCGUUUCAGUAUGACCUGCAAGCCGGCGACGGCACCGUCAGCAGGUCCAGAGCAUUCUCGGAUGAUUCGGAAAGCUCACUCAUGAGGGUGAAUUUGUCCAAGUCCAACUUGACGGUGUACGCCAAAGACGUUGUACGAAGAGUUCUGGGGACCGUCAUCGAUGACCUCAAAACGGAAGACUACCACAGAACCAUUCUGUGGGUCAACACCUUAUCAUCCGAGCAGAUCAAUAUUGCGAGCGAACUGGUUCAUUCAGUCGUGCGAGAUCUGCACACGGAUGAUCCACAGAUCUCUCACUUGCAUCAACACACUUCCGUGAGGCGCUCUAGAGCAGAUGGCCUUCCUUCUACCCAAGUGUUUCUCCAGUUUGAAUCAACAACCAAGGACAGCCGGGCAAAACCCAAGUGUCUUUUCUAUGAUGAAUUUAGAGCCUACCUCAAGCAAGUGCUUCCGAAGGAAGGCAUCUUGAGAGACAUCUUUGAGCGACAGCCACUGACAGAUGCAAACAUCAAUGAAAACCUGAAAAUGUUGCAAGUGGCAGAGAAUGUGGUCAGUGAGGUGUUCAUGAGGGUCCGAGAUCUGGAGUCGUCCAUCUGCCUCUUGAAGAAAACUGGGGAACUGAGCGAGAGGUUAUUCUGCUACAGUUUUAAGCGGGCGGUAUCCCCCGGACUUUUUUAUAGCGACUCCCAGGCAGAGAUUGGCUCGGUUGCAAGAGAUAUUGUAGCUAGUGUGUUUGAAAAUGUGCACAAAUGUUUGGCGCACAGUGUGCCUCCUGAAAAAGAUGCUUUUCCACUAAAGAAAGAUGGGUCUAUCUUUAAAGGGUGUAUAAGAAUCAAGCAUCGAUUCACCCAACCUGAAUUUCCCUUUUACAAUAUUUCCCUGAAAGGUUCUAUGGACAUCAUCGACAAAAUCGCCAAAGAAAUUGUGGAGUGCAUCAUGCUCACUCUGGAGACUUUUGUAGUCCGGCAUUUCAGACAGGACUUCAAGUGUAAUUUCUUGGAAAUAGUGAAAUUGCCCAUAGAAAGCCUCUCUUUUGCACAGCUGACCCGAUCCUUAGAUUCCCUCCCAACACAGGCUGGAAACGCAGCAGAAACAUUUAGGAAUAAGAUGUCAGGAACCACACGCAAAGAAGGAUUGCCUACUUUAGGAUCAGUACACAACUUCCCAGAUGCUUCCAAGUUGGGAAGUGCCAUCACCAAGGAGUGCAUUGAAAAUGCGAUUCGGCAGGUGCAGAUGUUGCACUCUGAAUUGAGCGUCUACGCCAACAACGCGGUCAGUGGCAUUCUGGAAAUCAUCAAGCGGACUCUAGACAAGGAGCUGAAUCAGAAGGAAGCCCAUCUUUUUAGCAGUUCUUCCGAAAGUCUGGUGCUGAGUGAGACCAUCAGCGUCAUGCUGGAUCGUUGCAAUGAGAGCCUUACAGAAAUCACGUCUGAAUUGAUGGUGGAGAACCUUCAGCUAGAGAUGUCAGGGAGAGGCACCACGAAGGAGAAAACUCUCAUUCAGGAACUGGUCACACCACCUGUGGUGAAAACAACAUCCAAAAGAUACCGGCGGAUAGACACGGGGGAUCGUUUCCCUCCCAUCAACGUCCCAGGAAUGGUGAUCUAUUCGGAAGAAGAGACCGAAAUGCAAGAUGACGUCCCAUCUAAGUUCCCAUCGGUGUUUAAGUUCUCUGAGUCGGAUGCCCACACUGCAUCUGAGAGGUACAAAGGCAGAUCUGGCAGCUCAUUGGCCCAAAGGUCAAGGCCUCUAGGAAGGCGCAGACAGGACAGAGGUUCGCGUAAGUUCAAGCUAGAUCUCCUCGACGAUGACUACAUUCUGGAAAAGCUCUUCAAGAAAACAGCAGACCACGAAGCCAUUCCCAGACUUGCAGGGAUGGGGCCUCCGAAGAAGGCAGGGCUCAUCCCCUACAACCCAUUCCCCAGAGGCCUGCCACUCACAAUCCCGGAGAACGUCUGCUAUUCUGCCAUCUGCCCGCUCAAACUUGGCCAAACUGCAGAGACAAUCGUCAGCACGCUUCUCUGCGAAUUUGGGCUGGAAGCUGAGCCCAUGGUGCAAACCAGCUGCUACGAGCAAGUCAAGCAUGUUUUCCCGCUGAAGGAGAGGCCUCCCGUGGGCUCCUCGAUGUCUGCGGAGCCCUCCUCGAGCCACAGCUUGCUCAACCGCUGGGAAAAAAGGAUAAGCCACUCAAGCUCGUCAGGGGAGAACAACCUACUUGCACACGAAGGGAGCAGCCUGCUUUCCAAGUGGGAGAGCAAACAUUGCAUCUUCAAGAGCAAGAGUCCCGAUCGACUUAAAGAUCUGGAGCUCCUGGCUUGUGCUCAUGUGCCGGACCCCUGUGAGAUCCAGCGGCUGGCCAACCACAUCAUGCUGAGUGUCAUCAAGGAGCUGAUCACGUUCCGGCCCAAAGUUUCAUCUUCUUUUACUGGGGCUUCCAGAGGGGACUGUCGGGGUUCCCGAGAUGUCAAAGGCAUGACCUGCCUGUCCAUGAUGGGCCCGAUGGCCCGCAAAAAGCAGAGACUCAGCUGCGUGGCUUCCAAUCUGGACAAUUUUAUUCGCAGCCUGAAGACCGCUGAGUCAAAACAUAUUGUCAACAAAGUUCUGCACAUCAUUUUGGAUUCGUUGUGGCCUGAUCAGUCCCAGGAGGGCUUCACAGGGACCUUUGCUGACUCCAGGUCUCAGAACAUGAUGCCGUACAGAGAUGCAGAUCUGUCUACCAAAAAGCAUCUCCUUUCUUCCUCAGUGUGCCUGCAUGCUUAUAAGCUUGGAGACAAUGUACUUAGCUGCAAUUUGGGGCUCUCCCCCAAAUCUGUUGUCCUUCUGGAUGUUGUCAGUGAAAAGCUGAUCCGAACGCUGCUGGACAAAUGUAUCACGACAGAGCAUUUCACCGGCACCUUUGCCUUUGACGAGUUCCCAGAAGACGAACCGAUCUAUGACAUGAAGAAAGAAAUCAGUGACGACGAACUCUUCCGGUAUACAAGUCAAGAGACGAGAGCCCACAAAGUUGACUCCACUGCCUCCAUUUUCACGUAUGAUGUUAAAUACACUGAGGAACCUUGGGAGGAGUGUCAGUCGGUUCCUACGAAUCGGCCUUCCUACGAAUCGGCCCUCGAUGUCUUAGCUCACACCCUGGUAAAGCCUGUGAUGACGGAGCUCUCCCUAAGCAUCGAGCACCCAAGACAUGUGAAAGCAUACUCAAAAAAGGGCGUGGGGUUCACGCACCCGAGCUCUAGAAAGGCACGUGGACAACCGUUCAGUGAAAAAAAGGGGCGAUACAGUAGGAGUGAUGCUUAUUGCUCCCUGCCAAUAUCCAAGAAGCUAGAGCCAAGGGGACAUGUUCCAGGGAGGCGCCAGUACAGAAAGAACACAGGAGAGAGGGAUAAGACAGUCCUAGAGACAGCCAUGCAAUAUAGGACGGGUGGCUCCAAGGUGGCCGCACCACCCACCGGUAGAUCCAUUGCAAGAAAGCCCGUAUUGGCAAGUACUUCAAAGAAAACGUACCGAAAAGAAAUCACAAUUAUGACGGGACACGGCGACCAGAGCCAGCCCCCACCCACAUUUUCUACUGUUUAUUCUGCCAUCUUUCUGGAGGAAGUGAUUUCUCAGCUCUUGAUCAAGAUCUUUUCUUCCAUCUGCACCAAAUACGACAGUAACUCCUGUAUCGACCUGAACGAGAUGAACAGAUUGUUUGUGAACACUCUGGUGGAACAAUUUAGUAAGGCCGGUGUUGGGAUUCUGUGGAGGGCUGAAGAGAAGGCGUACUUCCCACUGGUGGACAGUCGAACGAUCCAGAAAAUAGUCAACUCUAUUUUGCAAGAGUUUGGGUUCCAGUUAGCUGCCGAUAGGCACAAUGGGAAUGAUAUGGACGCUAUGGCUGAGCGAACAGCUGAGAUCAUCCUAAUGGAAAUUCUGGAUUACCAGCUGCCCCCACCGGUGUGCCAGCGUCUGUCCCAGAGUGCCUACAAACACUUAAACGCUGAAAGAAUCAUCCAGAGAAUUGAGCACUGCAUGUGCUUUCCUAAGGUCCAAGUGAAAAGGAAACCGCCUCCAACGUAUGUUACCGUAUUAUCCCAGAAGUAUUUGGAAAGGGUGGUAAAUUGACUCGUAAAUCAACUAUUCCCACCUUGUAAGAGCCCUUCAUGGAAGCAAGAAAAGUGCGAGAAGCCAGAAGUGGAUUCUGAUGAGCUUUGCUCCUACAUGCUCAAUGAAGUGAUGUCGUCCAUUUCGCAACACAAAAUCUGGGUGGCCAAGAAGGACGACCGGUGCCGUUUACAUUCUGAGAAGGAGAUUCAGGGCAUGGUUAAUGCCAUGUAUAAGAACAUGUUAAAGAAGUGUGGCUCACAGUUGUCUAUACAGAAGGACGUGAAGUGCCGAAACGCUGCUUUCGUCGAUAGCAUGACCAGCUUCAUCAUUCAAGAAAUUUCCAAACAUCACCUCCAAACAUUCCUCUCUAAAGAUGAACACCCUCCAGGAAGCCCCAGUGCAGAAGAUUUGUCUGAGAACAUUGUCAGGACGGUUCUGGAUAGCAUCGGCAAGCCCUCGGCAGCUCACACAGGAGUCUUCCCUGCCAAAUUCUUGGAAGAAAUCGUGUCCAGGGUUUUAUCCAAGGUCCUCUGUGUUUCGACGGACAGGAAAGAAGGCCGUGCGAACGGGAGCUUGCCGUGCGAAGAUGAACUUGCCAAGGUGGUGAAGAAGUUGGCCAGUUCAAUCAACUUGCAGUUUGGCAAAGCUACUGUCUCCAGGCCACCCAAAGGAGAGGAUCAGAGUUUGGAGGGGCCCUUGACGGAUGUCAUGGAUGAUGUUGUGGACUCUGUUUGCAAAAAAAUAUCAAGAGAGAGAGAUUUGCGCUCAGAACAUGACUUUGACUACAUGAAGGACUGUACCCUCUUUGAAAAUGUUAAGCAGUUGGUUGGAAAGGGUAUCUCAGACUAUCUCCUCCAUCCAUUGUUUUCUGGAGAUCUGCCCAAGGCUUCCUCUUCAACUCUGCUUCGUGAGGACGAUUCAGAAAACUCUGGUGAUGAGUUCAAGGAAAUCCAAGAGAGUAGAUCCCCCUUUAGCACCUUCUUGUCAUCAGGACUCCUAAAAGAUAUAAUUACUGGUCUGUUAUCAAAAAUCUUCCAUUCUACACUUCCCAGAAAGGCUACAUCUCCUUCAGAUAAAAGACUCCCAUCAGAAUCUGAACUCAGAAGACUCUCUACCCAACUACUCGAUGAUGUCCGAAUGAAGCUGUUAAAACAUGAAAUCAGAGUGACGAAAGAAACACUCCCGGAACAGUACGAAUACUCCGAUGAAGAUGUCCAGAACAUAACGGACUCUCUGUGCAGCAAGAUCAUACAGAAAUCUGGCUCUCUGGAAGCUGUCCAGAGUGAUGUGAGAAACAAGAGCAGCUUUCUUAUCAACCGAAUUGCUGGCUUUCUCAUCGGAGAGCUCCUUCAAAAGCACGUCCAGCCUUUUGUAUCUGGACAGGAACGAGAGGGAUACUUCAUCGUAUCAAAUGGCCAGUAUGAAGAACCAGCAGACCACCAGCUUCAGUCUGCAUGCCCAAUCAAUAUGGCAGAAACAAAAUGCCUCAUCGAGAAGAGGCUGAUGGUUGGCCCUGAUAGCCCUCUGAUGAGGGCCCCAGUGCCCUACACCACCACACUUUCCUACCCAGUGUUGGAGGCCAUUGUUGAUCGGCUGCUGGUGCGGGUUUCCCCGGACUCCUCUAGCUCAGCCACAGGCUCAGGCGAAAAAGAUGGCCCGUUUGGAUCGGAGCUGCGCGACAAGGUGGCCCCAAUCAAAAAAGACAUCAUGGCAACUGUUCUGAGGCAGGCCAUUUGGAUCAGUUCUUACGGCAACGAGAGAGAAACCUGCAUUUCGGAAGAAGCCCUGGAGAGCAUGGUGGAGUCCGUGUACUGCGACGUUCUGCACGAAAUUCUCUUGCAGCAACCCCUGCAGGAAGACCGGGAAAGCUUAAGCAACCUGUAUGUGACCAAAAUUGCCUGCUUCAUCAUUAAUGAAAUGUUCAAGUAUCACCUCCAGUCAUUAACACUGGAAAAAACUCCCGCUCCGGUCUCCACCUCUGUCAGUCACCUCCCAGUCUCUUGCAUGACCGUUUUCCCUUGCAGCCUGUUGGAAGAGAUGCUCAAACAGCUUCUGAUGAAAAUAUUCCCUAGUCCAGAGAGCAUUGCUGCCUACACAGGAAGCCAGGCCGACUUCUCCGAUUCAGAUUUCAUCGAGAUGGCCACGAAUCUAAAAAGCUAUGUCAUCAACGAGAUUUCAGCGCAUGAAAUCAAGCUGGAAAAUGUUCCCAAGCGAGUCCCAGACAUGGAUCAAGAAACAGAGGAAGACAUUGCUGGUUCAGUAUACAACCAGAUUUUGCAGAAGACUGAUUCCCAAAGCCAGCUUCAGAAUACUCUCACCAACCAAGGGAAUGCCACUGUCUACGAAGUGGCCAAUGUGCUCAUCAGAGAAAUUCUAAAUUUCCACCUCCACCCCUUUUUAAGUGGCAAUGAUUCGUCCGACAGUGAAAGCACUCCAAGCCAGCAAGUAGACCAACCAUUUUCACACCACAUCUACUCUGCCGGGUUUCUAGAGGACGUGGUUGUUGCCUUCUUCUGCAAAAUGCUGACGUCGCCAAACAUUCUGGCGUGUUCCCAAGAGUUCAGUUUAUCGGAAAAUGAAUUGAGGUGCUUAGUUCUCAAGCUGGUACAUGCUUUGAUCAAUGAAUUCAAAGCAGCAGGCAUCAAGGUGAUUCAGAGUGCAGAUGAAGCUUCACCCUUCCCACAGGUAACCGCCGAAGACAUGAUCGAGACAGCCAGCUGCAUUUACCAAGCCCUAUUGCAAACCUUUGGAUCAGAGUUUGAUCUUUUUAAGGCUUUCCAGUGUAACAGCUACAUGUUGGCAGAAAAACUAGCCCCUUUAAUAGAGAGAGAGAUUGCUGCAUACCGGUUCCAGCCCCUGUUUACUGGUGAUACGACACCCUACUUGUUUUCGUGUUUGGAUAUGGAGACAAUUGUUGACCGAGUGGAAACUAUCCUGCCAGAAACCACAACUUCCCCCAGUAAUGUAUUUGGAGAGAUGUUUUCCAAGGUGCUACAAAGGAUAUUUCCAUCAUGGGUCCCCAGGCAUUCAUUGGAGUCUUGUGUCCCAGAGGAACAUGAGCCCACUGUGUGCAAAGUGGAGAGGAGACGUUCCCCCACAAAGGAAGAACCAAGUUUCAAGGCAGACAAAAGCAUUACAAACUUGGUGAAAGAUAUUUACAAAAAUAUCUGCAUAAAAUCUUUGUCUCCAAGCAUAAAGUAUGGCAACCAGGAGUUCUCAGGAUUUACCAAUAAGUCAAGAGAUGAGAAUCGUAUUUCCGAAUCGUUACGGCCUUCCAGUCAACCUAAUCUACGUUCCGUGCUGGCUUCAAAAAUGGCUGGCUGGACAAUCCACCAUGUGAAACUAGGGGAAGCAGAAUCGCAGCCCUUACAGGCUGAGGAUAGAGUCGAUAUUUAUUCGUCUUCGUUCUUGAAGGACAUCUUUAGCGGACUUGUAAGCAAACUGAUCUCAUCUAGCACCAAUGUAUGUGUGGAGGAGAAAAAAGAGGCUGAAGCGGGACCGUCCAUCAGAAACUUAGUUGAAAACAUUCUGAGGGAGUUUGCAAAGUCUCCUGUUAAAGUCAUGCAGAUUCCCGAAGGAGGGCAGGCUUUCCCAGCUGUGGACCAGUGCGAAGUUGCUAAAAUUGUCCAUGCUGCUUUGUGUGGGAUCUUGCAAGAGUGGGGGUCCAGGACCCCUAUCUGCAGAGACAAGGAAAGUGAUCAUGCAUUAGCAGAGAGAUUAGCCAGUGCCAUCAAGAAAGAGAUUUUAGGCUACCAGAUCAAGGGAAUGGCGGCCAAGAUGCCCGAAAGCCCAGUCUCCAAACCUUUUGAAUUUGGAGAGAUGGCGAAGAAGGUGCUGAUGGAGAUCAGGAAAAUCAACACUCCCUGCCAAACGAGUACACCGUAUCCACUUUUGGUGUCUCAGCGAAUCAUACACGACAUCCUUGCAGCCCUGUUAGCCAAAAUCCUUCCUCUUCCUACAACGGCAUCUACAUCCAGUGAUAGAGAGGACAAGUGCGCUGAAUUUGAUUUUAUUCACAUGAAGCUCCUCAGCAGAGUCAUGGCGGAAAUUGCAAAGGACAAGAACACUGAGGUCCAGUAUCUUGAGAAGUGCCAGCCCAACUACACCGUCAGCCAAACUGUAGCCAACUCUGUCUACUGCAAUCUUUUGCCCGAGUUUGGGUCCACACCAGCAAUUGAGAAGUGCAUUAAAGCAGGCUGCACUAUCCUUGCUAAGAGGAUUGCUGACUUUGUGAUCAAAGAGAUCUCCGGGAAUCAGAUGCAGACGUACUUUUCAGAUGAACUAACCCGACAGGGGGAAGCUGAAUCCGAGAAGAGUCUGGAGGAUGAGUAUGGAGAUAUCCCUGAGACAUUGCAGAGUGGGAUUGCUCUGCGAUCGCACCUCAAGGGGUUGUCUUCUAUCAUCAUAGAAGAGGUUGCAGCAAAAUUUCUCUCUAAGUUGUUCAACGCCCUUCCCUUGGAUGACAUCGACUCACGAAGUAUUUCUUCCAUGAAGGAGGUUGCCAGGAGAAUAAUUAACUCUAUACAAGGUCUUAUUUCAAAGAACAAACUGAAGGUUUGGCAACAGGACAAUAUGGAGGACUUGGGCUCGGAAGAUAGCCGGGCUGUUGGGGAGGUGGUCAAUUCUGUGUACACAGACAUCAUCAAGCAUUCCAGCUCAGACACUUCCCUGUACGAUGACUUAACCAACGAGAAUAAAGACUUCAUCAACCGAGUAGCUUGCGUCAUGGUGAGCGAAAUCGCCAGGCAUGAUUUCCAGCCAUCCUCUGAAUCGGAGGAUGAGGUGUCCAGCCCCAGCACUGCGAUAAAGCUUGAAACAGACAAGAUCAUCCAGAAAUUUCUUAGCGACAUGGAGGCGGAGAAAGUCAGGAAGCAGAACUCAAAGGCCUCACAGGCCCCAGAGCCCUCAGAGUCCCAGAUCCCCACGGUUUCUGUGCUCUUCAUGGAAGAGGUCCUCAGCCGUCUCUUGACCAAAAUUCUAUUUGCGCUAGAGGAUUUUGGAAUAAUCACGAUCAAGACUUUGUCCAGAGUGGAUGUGAAUGACAUUGCCGACCAGCUGAAGUCGUCUGUGGAGAAAGAGAUGUCAAAGAAUAAGAUCAACCUGGUGACCGCCAACGGCCAGCCAACGCUGGAUCCACAAGAUGAAGACAAAGUCAACCAAGUUGUGCACUCCAUUUUCAGCAAUGUCCUGAAUAAAUCUGGCUCCCAGCAAGAGAUGUAUGAAGACAUCACCAAAUCCAAGGGGAUCUUUCCCGAACAAGUGGCCAGCAUUAUCAUUAACGAGAUCUCCAGCUGUAGCAUUAGCAAUCCUUUUGCUGAGAAUAUAGAAAACGAGACGUACAGUGCACUGGAACUUGACCAGAUUGUUGACAAAGUUCUUGCACAAGUCAGCUUCAGAGAGGGGCCGGAGGAAUACCCUUCUUUCCCUGAGCUGUCCAAUCUGCCAUAUCCGCAAGAAGAAGUGGUUCUGUCAUCGGAAAAAUUGCCUAAAAUAGUCCCCUAUCUCGGUCAUACACCCUUAAAAAUUGACCCGGACAUCGUUUCAGACCAUUUAGCUAUGAUAUCCAUCAAAACAGAACCUCUGGAGAAGAUGAAAAAGACAUGUUUAUCCAGGAUAGGCAUGAGCCUAACAGAAUUAAGAAGGGCAUCUGCUUCAGGGAAGAGCAUUGCAAUUGAUCUGAAAGUUCCAGAUCUGGAGAGAAAGAAGGAACGGCGGCCAUCCUUAGAUAUGGCUGGGCGCCUUGGAGUGAAGCCAAAGGAGGUGGUCUGCAGAAACUCCUUCCAAACUCUGAUGAAACCAGACAUCACCAAGGUGGAGCUCCUGAAGGACGUUGAAGACAAACAGGACCUCACACUUCGUCUUGUGGCACACGAUAUCGGUGACUACUUCCUCCCCAACUACAGGAAGUCGGAUGAGUCCAAAAGCAAAGAUGAGGAACGAGUGGUGCGGGAGCACCGAUCCUUUUAUUUCGAAGGACCGCUGAACGCAGUACAGGACGAAAGCAUGGCUCCCACUGACACGCCCAGCAAGACCCUCCUGGCCCGAGCGUCCAGCAGCCUCACCCGGAAACGGAGCCUCUCCUUAGGCAAAUGCUGCCAGGCGUUAACCUCAUCCAGCAGCAGUGUCGACACAGCAGCCCCCACAGGAAAGAUGCCCCCUCCGCCACAGAUCGAGAUCAUAUUGAUGUCUUCGGGGAGCCGCGCCCAGUCCUCCAGAGGGGACUUUCCAACAGCUCAAACCUCUCCACCCACGAGCACCCCCCAAGAAACGGUGCCGAACACCCCCCACACCACCACCUCGAGCGGCACAAUACCAUCUCUGCCCAGCUCGGAGAGAGCUCAUCCCCGAAAGAGAAGGAGUGAGGACAAAGAGAAGACACUGGAAGAAGCUGUUGUUGAUAUGCAUUUGUCCCGGGACACAUAGGAGACUUCAGCUGCCUUAGAGAUCACCUCCUUCUAUCAGGACCAAAAAAUUUAGGACUCCCUGUCAGAACAGAUCACAGAAGAAGACGAGGGAGAGGACAGAGAGGUCAUCCGGACCACCAGCUCGGAUGUCGUCGGGCCCGUCCGGCAAUGGUCGUCCAUGCUCGAGAAAGUCUCUAGCACCCUGUCCAGAGUGUUCUCGCACAUGUCUGCUAGCAACCCAAGCCAAACAGCCCUGGCCCCAGAGAGAGCUACAGGGGACCAGGAGUGACAAAGAGAGCUUCCUUCUUUAUAUUUCUGAGAAUAAAU